CCGCUUCACAAGAAAAACUCAUUACACGGAAACAGAGAGGGAGGGAGCCGCGGCGGCCGCAAUGGGGAUCCAGGGUUUGCUCCCGCAGCUCAAGUCAAUCAUGGCGCCCAUCGGAGUGGCGGACCUCAGGGGCCAGACGGUGGCCGUCGACACCUACUCCUGGCUCCACAAGGGCGCCCUCUCCUGCGGCGACCGCCUCUGCAAGGGCAUCCCCACCACCAGGCACAUUGAUUACUGCAUGCAUAGGGUUAACUUGCUGCGGCACCACGGCGUGAAGCCGAUUCUCGUAUUUGAUGGAGGCUAUCUGCCAAUGAAGAGCGAACAAGAGGUCAAACGCGCAAGGUCACGAAAGGAAAAUCUUGAGCGUGCCAGGGAACAUGAAGCAGCUGGGAAUUCACGUGCUGCUUAUGAGUGUUAUCAGAAAGCUGUUGACAUUACGCCUAAAAUUGCUUGUGAUCUGAUCCAGGUACUGAAGCAAGAAAAGGUUGAUUAUAUUGUUGCGCCUUAUGAAGCAGAUGCACAAAUGACAUUCUUAUCUGUAAACAAACUUGUUGAUGCUGUAAUUACCGAGGAUUCAGAUUUGAUACCGUUUGGCUGUUCUAGGAUUAUUUUUAAGAUGGACAAAUUUGGGCAAGGUGUUGAAUUCCAGAUUACACGAUUAGAACGAAACAGAGAGUUGGACUUGAAUGGAUUCACAAAACAAAUGUUGCUAGAGAUGUGUAUUUUAAGUGGCUGUGACUAUCUUCCAUCGUUACCUGGAAUGGGUGUGAAACGAGCUCAUGCACUCAUCCAAAAGCUCAAGGGUUACGAGAAGGUAAUCAAGCACUUGAGGUACAGUGCUGUUUCUGUUCCACCUCAGUAUGAAGAAAACUUCAAGAAGGCAAUAUGGGCAUUUCAGUUUCAAAGGGUCUAUGAUCCUGCGACAGAAGAUAUUGUUCAUUUGUCUGGCAUUCCUCAUGGCCUCAGUGAAGAUGACUUUCUGGGCCCAUGGCUACCGCAGGCUGUUGUUAAAGGUAUUGCUCUAGGAGACAUUGAUCCACUUACAAAGGAACUGUUUGAGGCCAGCACUCAGUGCAAUGCACCAGCUGUGGAUAAAGGUUAUCCAAUCAGAGAGUCUGUUAACCCUUCAUUUGGAAAGAAGAGGCUAGAUCUUCCUGUGCAGAAAAACAUAUUGACAAAUUACUUCUGCUUAGCGUCGCUUGAGGCAAAACGGAAGUUCAGGGCACCUAAGAUUACACCCAAGCAACAAAAAUUGAAUGAAUCUUAUUUGCCCAGUCCGCAGACUGAAGACUCUGGUACCCCUGAUUCAGUUGACGACACUAGCUUUCCAAUACAUGAUAUUGAAGCCUCUCAGUGUAGUUCUGAGCGUUUUAGCUCUGAACCUUCUCCAGACGAUUCAAUAAAAGUCCCUCAGUGUAGUGCUGAGCAUUUCAGUUGUGCCUUCCCUCUGGAUGAUUCAGCUGGUGUUUCACCCUACUGUAGUUCUCGUGAUAUUGGCAGUGAUCCUCCUUCCAAGGACCAAUACCUUGAAGAUACCGAGGUUGAGGCCAGCUAUUGCAAUGCAAGUACAAUACCAGCAAGUCCUUGCUUAGAGAGGAUGUCACCUGGGAUAGCAGACCCAUUAUUAGUUUCAUACAACACGGAGACAUCUAGACCAGUGCCACAUUAUGCUGAAAGCACUGUGGCCCCUACUAAAAGAAAUAUUACUGUAAGGAGUUCAUACUUCAAGAAAGAUGAGAGAGUUUACACAAAUCAAGGAGAAGACCAGUUUGAUGAUGAUGAUGAUGAUAACCAAGAGACUUGUACUUCUACUUUUUCUGAAGAUCAACUGAGGAACCCUGAAGGUAUCAUAAAGAGAAGAAAACUUUGGGAUCCCCAAAAUUUUGAAGACGAAACGUUGCAGCCAACUACCUCGCAUGACAGUCCACCAGAUGAUGAAGGUUGUGAUGCUGGUUCUCUCAAUGGUAUCGAUGACACAAAUUCUGAGGGCAGAUUUGGAUGCAAUGUUUCCCAUGUGAACAAAUACAGUGGCAUUGCGGAAAAAUCAAUGGAUAAGUUUGCUGAGCUGAUAUCAUCUUUCAGAUAUGCAGGCUCCCGUGCCAGUGGCCUUCGUGCUCCUUUAAAGGAUGUGAAGAAUACCCUUUCUGUGAGAUCAAUUCUCAGACCUCCAGAGCAGAAGAAGAGUGCCAGAGGUCAUCGUUCUCAGAGCAGAUCCACAAGUUAUGCUUCGAACAGCACUGAGAGUCCUCCUGAUCUGAACACAUUUGCAUACAGGCCUAGCAAAACUGCUGCUUUUCUUCCUGAUCUGGGGAAGACCACCAAUAAAGCUGCAGGUCAUGCUACCAGCACUGGUGGUUUGGGUACAUUUGGGCAUGAACCUGCAAGAUCUACUGGUGGUUAUCCUGAUCAGAGCAAAAACACUCUUAAAUCAGUGGGCAACACUGACAGUCAUCCUGAUCUGAGCACAUUUGCAUACACACCCAAGACUACUGCUAGUUGCACUGACCAGAGCAAAUUCUCUACGACAGCUAUAAGAACUGCCCAGAGUCCUCCUGAUUUGAGCACAUUUGCAUAUAAAGCCAUGAAACCUGUGGCCCGAGACCGAGAGUCUGAUGGGAGCAGAUUUACACUUGCGCCUUCUGGACGAAUUUCUCGAGGCCGGUUCACAUAGAAGAUAGAACUGCCCAUGUGCCUUUCAGCCGUUCUGAUCCAACCCAACAAAUUGAGAUCAAGCAACAAAUGCUGUGUUUAGCACCCUUGAAUGCCUGAUCCAAGAGCAUCGAAAGAUGGCCAAUGCUGUGACAUCAAGAGGCAGUGGGUAGCUCCUGAGCGCGCCACUUGGGAGUUCAUCUGUAUCUCCUUGCAAAUACAAGCUGGGCAUGUAUGGUGUGCGGAGGUAACUGGCAGCAGGUGUUCGUUUCUGUUAUUUCCUGGGGAUAGUGUUGUUCAUUUUGAGCAUUAUUCCAGGUGCUAUCUUCUGUCAAUUCCUGAUGAAGGUGAAAUAAACAAAUUGUAGAAAUUGUAUUGUGGAUUGGUGAUGCCUAGAAUUUUUGAGGGGUGUAUCAUUUUUGAUCCUAUAUAUGUAUUGAACUUCUUAUUUUC